ACAGAGCUAUCACCAAGUGACAGUAAUGAAGCAGCUCAUUGUAUUAUAAUUGUCAAUGAAAAUAUUGAAAUUCUUUUGAAGAAAUUUGUGUUGCAGCCAUUUUACAGUGGAAUUGACUGUGUAUUAAUUUACUAGUAACAGGUUUAGAUGUAGGGAUAGAUCUCACUGGCAGAACUUGCUUGAAAGGUUUAAAAAAAACUGCAUGAAUUUACUGCAAUUCCUGGGACAUUUUAGUUGAAUGGUACCAUCUUUGGGGUGUAAACUGAUGAAAAAUCAUGAUGGCUGCCACCCUAGCCCAUCUUCUAAAACAUGAAGGCGAGCAAAAAUAUUACAGGAGCUGCUAUUGGCUCUCAAGUUGGUUCCUUUUAAAGGAAUUGGAAAUCAAGUCAUAUCUUAAUGCAGCCUUUUAGGUGCUAAUCUUAGAGUGUCAGAAAUCUUGAGAUGUUUAAUAGGCCAUGGUACAGUUCUGUACUUAGUUGCCAAGCCUUUGAUUUGGAGUGAGGCUGAAGGUGACCUUGUUGUGAUAGAGACCAGUACCUAGUUAGCUUAACAACAAAGCAAUUUACAUUGGAAAAAUAGCAAGGUUUGUAUCAUAACAAAUUCACCCUUAGCCUCACUCCUGUUGAAAGUGUAAAUUGGAGAUGAUUUUUUUUGGAGAAAUUAGAUGCUAAUCACUCCUAGGGAAUAACACACCUAAUUAAUUUGUAAUGGAGGUAAAUUUUUUCUACGGUUUCCCUAUUUUAAAGUGAUUCCCAGUGUUCUCCUUUAUUUUAAGCAUGGCAGGUGAAUACAUUUUCAAAAUGGUAAAGCAAUCCUUUUACCAGUUGAAUUUUCAAGAAUUCCAAGCAAUUUUAACCCUUUCACUCCCACAAGUGACCAAGACAGAAUUUCUCCUUACAAUAUUAAUAAAAUAUCAAGCAGGCAGGUGAUGAGAAUAGAGAAGAAUAUCAAUCAUGGGAUUAUUAGUUGAUCCAAUACCAAAUUCUCUGAACUAACAUAAGAAUUGUAUGGCAGAUAGUAAGGAGAAUUACUAAUUGGAUCUUGGGAGUGAAAGGGUUAAAGGGUGAUAAGAGGUAUUAUACAGGUGGUAAAUGUUGCUGGUUACUGUCUGAAAAGGAGAACACUGUAUUCCAAAUUUCUUGUUGGCUAGGAAGUUAUAUAACCCACACAGGAGACUGAUAGAUUCUGUUCUGUCGUAUGACUCUCAGGAAAUGCUAAGAAAACUCAAGAGAGUUGUUAUUAUUAAUAAUUACUAUACUACAUGAGUAAAGAAGGUAGCACUGAUAUUGGAGAAUUCUUGAAUUAAGUUUUGAUGGGCUCAGUUAUUUUUGACCCAGUUCCUUCCUGCUAACUUUGUCUGCUUUUUUUUCAGGAAGGAACAGGGCUCAUCAGUUUAUCUGAUUGAAGUUGGAGGCUCCUCUUACAUGGGGAUGUUUGGUUACUUAACAGCAUUUCAAGAAAUGCUAGAUCAGGUAAAAUUACAGACUUUUUCUGUAUUGUGUGCUCAUUUUGUGCAUUUCUGGUCAAGAAGUCAUGAAUUCAGUUAAACACUGAUCACACAAAAGCCUGUCUGUUAAAAGAUUUUUUUCUGGAUAUCUUUGAAAAUGUUGGCUUUGUUUGUUUCAGAAUGUGCUGGAGAAUUUUUAAUGACAUUGUUGUUACAGUUGGCAGUGGUGGAAGUGCAUCAGGAAUUGCCAUUGCUAACUACUUAACAGGAUUAAAACUCAAGUACGCUCUAAAUAGAAAUAUUGAUAUUUUCUUUCUUGACUGUGUGGGAUGGCUGGACAAGAAAAUAUUUGUCUCAAGGUUAUAACAUAUAGACCUCUCUCUGAUCAAUCUGUUAGUUAUGCCCAGAGGCCAAAUGUUUUCCAAUCUGACCUGUCUUGUCUUAGUCAUUAGGGAUUUUAUCAUUUGACCAGCACUCUUUGUCUUCUUUCUUUUUGCUGUUUGCAUCUCAGGAGGCCAUAUAUAGAGCUCUGCUGUUAUUUAUGGCACCACUGCCACUACUGCUUUUCUUCAUCUGAAGGAUUUGAUUUUUUACAAUGUUUUUCAUUGAAUUUACAUCCAGGGAUUUACUGGUCUUAGGAUAAAUAAUAAUUAUUAAUAAUAGGACUGAGUGGAAUUCAAUUCAGUCUGUGAUCUUAUGAGUGAUUAAUAUAAUUAGAUGACUGUGAAGUGGGAGUCCGAUAUGUUAAUGUUAACACAAAAUCCUGUUACCAAUUAAUCAAAAUUAUGACAAAAUUUAAGAAAGAAACCAGAUGUAUUGGUUAUGUGUUUUUGUAACAGGGUGUGCACAUGACACAUGCUGUCCACUCAUAGGCAUGACAUGUCAACUGUCCUGUUACACUGUUCAGUAAGAGGCAUGACAUAUGCAGUGUCCUAUUAGUGCUUAAAUUGGGCUGGUGAUAACUAAUCACAUUGGAGUUUUUUGUUAUAGUUGCCACUGAAAUGCUGUAUCACCUUUCAGGAACCCCUGACAAACUAUAUCAUGCUGCGGAACAUUAUGAAAAAGCUUACCAACCUAUAGGCUGAUAAAAAAUUUCUGCAACUACCUAAGCUAUACAUGCUGAAGAUUUAAGCCAAAGAGAUUGUGCCCUUGAGAAUUUCUCACAGGCCUUUCUAUCAUUCUAAAAUUUUCCCCUUGUUUUCCUUGAACACUGGAGACUAAUUGAGACCUGUAAUAGUAACAUCAUUGUCAUUUAUUCAUAGAUGUCAUGCAGUGAAUGUGUGUGAUGAUGCAGCAUAUUUUUACCAGAAAAUCAAUGAAGACCUUCAAAUAGGUGGGCUAAAUGUUCUAGCAGAAGAAAUAAUUGAAUGAUAUUAUUGAUGGAUACAUGGGACAGGGCUAUGGCAAAUCCACUGAAGAAGAAUUAGUUUGCAGAUUUUGGUUUCUUCAUAAUAGGACUAGUACUCAAGCAGUCCCUCCUUUUUCAGAGAAGUCUGUUGGGCAAAAAGAAAAAAAACAAUGAAAAAGGUUGACGUAAGCUCCUAGCAGCACACUUACCUUUUUUCACUGAUCUUUUUUUUUUGAGUCACGCAACUUUCAUAGACUUUGCCCAAAAGGAUGGAUUUCUUGUAGUCUUCUACAUAUGUUACAUAAUAACCUGCUUAUUUUGGUACUGGAAUGAAAUGCAAGUUGAAGAGAGUUGUUUCUAUCUAUCAGUAAACAACCUUUUCAAAACAUGAAAACAUAAGAAAUCAUGCCUCUCAUUGCCUCUUGUUCCUUUACUAAUGUUAAGCAUGGAAAAUUUGUUUUCAGAAUGCUGUUUGGCUGACAGUAUUUUGAUUUAAUUCAGUGCGAGUUAAAAGCUGAAAUUUUAUUGCUGAAAGUUAAAAUGACAUGUGCUCUGUUAACAAGGGAUCAGUGUAUUUGUAAAUACAAUGUAGAAGGAAUGAUCACUCAAUGAUGUUCCAAACCACAAAGUUUACCUGCCCCCACUCUCCCUCCCCCCCCAAUUAUACCACAGGUUUAUGCAAGACAAUAAUAAUGGAUAAUUAUAGCUACAAUUAUUAAAAUUUAUUGUUUAUUUAUUCCAGGAUGCAUUCGAAAUUGCUUGAUUACCAAAUAAAAACAUGAUCUAAAUUUUUCAUAACCAUUUACAUUCGAAUUUGCACCUUACGAACCCUGAAAUCUUUUUAUCGGUUAAUGAAGAGGACAUUGUGGAGAUAUCCAGAACAACUGGUAUUAUGGUGGACCCCGUGUACAACGUCAAAGCCAUCAGAGGAAUGCUACACGAGAUGAACACCAACCCAGGGCGAUUUAAGGGUCACAGAAUACUUUAUAUUCAUACUGGUGAGUACAAUUUUUCAACAUCAUCAUUUGAUAAAUACCAUACCUCCUUCCUUCCCUUUGGCUAAGAGCCCACAUACCUUGAAAAUAAUGGUUUCUCAAAGGUAAUCCCUUAGAACUGCGUUUUUCCCUGCAAAUGAUAUUCUGCUCAUGCGUGGUUGUGCUGGCUUAAUUGUGUAUAUCAUAUUUUUCUCAACCUGGUACGUAAAUUGCAAACUUGGGACCCCAUUUUUGAUCCCUCGUAGAAGUAUCAGUGGUUCGUAACUUGUACUACAGUUGCAUGUAGCAUGUACUUUCUUUCGCGUGGAAGCAAAAUAUUAUACAUUAGACUGACUAUGAGGACUCUGAUUGGUCGAUAGGAUACAGUCGAUAUCCAAUAGCAGAUAUUGGGUUCUCAUGUCGCGUUUAAAUUAUGCCUAGUUUCCAAGCCCCUCGUCCGUGUAGUGUUCUCAAACUCUUGCAAAAUCAGAGAGAAGAUUCUUCUUUUGCAAAUUGUUUCCAAAAAUGUAUGAUGAAUCAGUUAUUGAAUUUGGUUUUUAGCAUGAUAUUGUAAAUUAUUAAACCUGGCAUCUGUGUUAUCUGCCUCGACCUUCGGCUUCGGCGGAUAACUCAGACCCCGGCAUUGAUAAUUUAUGAUAUUAUGCUCAACCUCAUUAAAUAAUUGCUCAUUAUUAUUCAAUUGCACUUAGUAGAGUACGUGCGAAUCGAGUGAAAAUUUCCUGUGAUAUUGUACAUUUGGUUAUUUUGUACUGUAAAAAAACUUGUUUAAUCGGUUUGCUGCGCGUGCUGCACUUCUCUACCUGCGUCGCUUUUCCCACUUUUUGAAAAAUGGCCAUGAAAUAAAGCAGUUGGGCAAUAAAUAACUUAUCAGACGUUUUGGUGUGUGGUAUCGCUGGGUAUAUUUACUCAUAGUUUGUAUUUUGACUCGCCUUGCGGGAUCGUCAAAAUAUGCCACAACUAGUAAAAAAUAGUUACCGAUACUACACACCAAAACUUCUGAUAACAUAUAUCUUUUGAUGGAAGACUGAAUACGACAACAUCCACAGGUAAUAAACGUUCAUAUAUCGCUUAGAGGAUGGUAUUACCACUCCUUUGAAAAUGGCGAGACCUGAUUUGUAACAUUGUUAUAUAAUGCGAGUUUCGCACAAGUCUGAUAGGGUGUGUCUUAUUUUCCAACAGGUGGUGUGUUCGGUUUGUAUGAUGGAAGAAUGGACCCGUUAGUAACUCGCCCUGCACUGGGUAUAAAUGAUGUUGUCUGCUGGGAAAUGAUCCCAUGCCAUUCUGGGGCUGACUCGUUCGUAGUUGUCUCUCUUAUUUGAGAUAUUUAGGUAGUGCUCGAGAGGUCCGCGUGUAAAAAGAUUUUCUUUCGUUUCCCAUCGUUCCCUUUGUUAAUGUAGUGCUAAUCUCUCGCGAAACCCUCGGCCGCGCAAGAAAGACUGGAGCUAGUAAAUUUUAGGGUGGCAAGCAAGAAAGGUCAGUCAAGACAUGCCUACAUUCUUUUUUGGCGUCAUCCAGUAAAAUUGGCCACGAAAGAGGAGAUAACAGCAUUGCAUUGACUCCUCCAAUCAUCAGAGGGAAAAAGUCUUUGACCAAGUUCUCGUAAGUUUACAUAUCGAAGACGAACGCAACAAAUUAUUGGACUGGAAAAAAAUGUUUAAGCCUUUGAAAAUAUAUUCGUGUAAAAGUGUAAAGAUUUAAAGUUUUGAAUUUUUUGUUUG